GUUAGACCACAUUUUCAAAGGGAUUUCAUAUCUUUUUUACCCAAAGAGUUGGCGCUACAUGUAUUAUCUUAUUUACGGCCUAAAGAUAUAUUAAACGCAGCUCAGACUUGUCGGUAUUGGAGAGGCAUCGCCGAUGAUAACCUGUUGUGGCAGCGUAAAUGUUUCGAGAUGGAUGUAAGAUCUCAAGACAUUGUAGCUAAACCAGGCAAAAAAAGGUUUCAAAUGAUCCAUUGGAAGAAAGUGUACCAAACCUACAUUAGACUGGACCACAAUUGGCGUAAUGCACGUUACAAAGCAAUGAAAGUGUUAAAAGGACAUAAUGAUUAUGUGAUCACGUGCUUACACUUUUACAAUAAUAAGAUUAUCAGCGCCUCAGAUGAUAAUACGGUAAAAAUAUGGUCUGCAUCAACGGGGAAGUGUCUAAAAACUCUUUGUGGGCAUACUGGAGGUGUGUGGGCGUCGCAACUUCACAACAAUUACGUUAUUAGCGGAUCAACUGACAGAACAUUGAAGGUAUGGGACGUAGAUAGUGGCGCAUGCAUUCACACUUUAUCUGGUCAUACAUCUACCGUCAGAUGUUUACAUGCAUGUGAUACUCGAGUUGUUAGCGGUUCAAGGGAUGCUACACUUCGUUUAUGGAAUAUUGAAGACGGUAAACUCCUGAAAGUGUUAAUUAGCCAUGUUGCGGCAGUUCGAUGUGUACAGUUUGAUGGAAAACACAUCAUUAGUGGUGCUUACGAUUUUCUUGUGAAGGUAUGGAACCCGGAUACAGGUCUCUGCCUGCGUACCUUACAAGGGCAUAGCAAUCGAGUUUAUUCACUGCAGUUUGAUGGAAUUCACAUCGUGAGCGGAUCAUUGGAUACAUCCAUUCGUGUUUGGAAUAUCGAAACUGGCGAAUGUGAACAUGUUCUUACAGGUCACCAAUCUCUAACAAGUGGAAUGCAAUUAAAAAAUAACACAUUGGCUUCCGGCAAUGCGGAUUCAACAGUGAAGAUCUGGGACAUUAGAACCGGCCAGUGUCUACAAACCCUAGAAGGCCGGAAUAAGCACAGGAGUGCGGUAACCUGCUUAGAACUUGUCAACAAGUUUGUUAUAACUAGCUCUGAUGACGGAACCGUCAAAGUAUGGGAUGUUACUACUGGCAAUUACAUUAGAGACCUGAUCUCAUUAGAUAGUGGUGGAAGCGGUGGUGUUGUAUGGCGAAUCUGCUGCGAUGAAAAGAGGCUUGUAUGUGCGGUUGGUAGUAGAAAUGGAACGGAAGAAACGAAAUUGCUUAUUCUUGAUUUCGACGUGUGA